AUGGAGGGAAUGGAGGUGAGUGUGAUUGGGACCGGUAACAUGGGAGGUGCCAUAGUGAGAGGACUUGCGAGUGGGACAUUUUUUCAACAAAAUAAAAUACAUGCAGCUAAUAGAACGAUGGAGAAGUUGAAUCAAUUGAAGAAGGAAUACCCUGACAUCGAUGUGACGACAGAUAAUAAGAGAGCGAUUCAAAUUGCGAGUGUUAUAGUAUUAACAGUUAAGCCAUAUUUAAUAGAAAAGGUGAUUAAAGAGAUCCGACCGAAUAAGAAACAAAUUGUUGUGUCCGUAGCAGCGGGGAUCACCUUUGACGAACUUUCUGAGAUGCUUGGCGACGAGUCGUAUAGUCUGUUCCGAGUCAUUCCGAACACUGCGAUUAGUGUUCGACGGAGCGCAACACUCAUAUCGUCGAGAAAUGCUACAGAAGAACAAAUUCAACUGAUUGGAAAGUUGUUUUCAGAGGUGGGCAGUGUCUCCUUUGUUGAGGAAAAGAUGAUGACAGCAAUGACGUCGCUCUCUUCUUGUGGAAUGGCUUUUGUGUUCAAAUACAUUGAAGCAGCGACACAAGCCGGAGUCGAGAUGGGAAUACCUCCACAUGAGGCAAGAAAGCUUGUGGCACAAACAUUUGCGGGAGUUGCUGAAAUAAUGGAAAGAUCAGAUACCCAUCCAGCGCUGGAAAUCGAAAAAGUGUGUACCCCGGGAGGAAUCACUAUUAAAGGUGUUAACCAGCUGGACCAUGACAACUUCGCGUCUGCUGUUAUCAACGCGUAUAAAGCCGCAGACUGCGACAGAUGA